AUGCCGCCCAAGAAAGUUGCCAAACGCAAGGCGACCGAUGAUGAGGUAGCCAGUCGCAACGCGGCCACCGCCAAGAGGGUCGCGCUCGAAAAUGAGAAGUUCGUCACACGUAGAGAACUACCCUAUGAGGCCAGAAUAGGCAUAAGAAACUUGUUCAACUCGGUCGCUGAAACUGAUGCCAGCCAUCAGGAUUCUGACGAAUCGGACUCUAGCGCAUCGGACCUUGACGACUUUGAGGUCGACGAUGGUUACGAGAAAGCAAUGAAGGUAGAAGAGGAGUAUGAGAGACGCGUUGAGAGGGCGCAUAGACAUGGCCAAUGGGACCUUUAUUCUCCCAACUUGUUGGAUCUUCGCGAAGCCGAACACCGAGGAGAGAUACAUUAUCACUUUCGUCAAUGGAAAACAGGUACUUUGGUCAUCGGGGAUCACACCAACAACACUGCGCUCUCUUCAACGGAUGUUACCGCGUCGCUCUCUCUCACCGGCCUUGAGAACGAUUGGCACAUUCCUCUCGACGUCCCUAAACUGGCGUCCUUGGACUUAGUACCUCUAACAGGUGUCCGCAAAAAUUACUCAGGGUCCGGAAACGCGGAGGUGCGACUUGGCAUAUCGUUUUUGGGGAACGGCUAUCUGAAGAUGAGGAUACCUGGCAUAUACAUCGGCGGAAAGAAGCAGUGGAGAAGACACAUCACGUUGUAUGGUGUGAGUCGGACGUUUCCUCCACACGAAGAGGAGAGUCCGGAGCCUUUACCACGAGAAGACACGCUGCCACGAAUAGGGCUGGUACAGCCUGCGCCUGUGAAUGAGGAAUCCAAUCAACCUGUCGCUGGCCUUAGCGGAGAAGUCCUCUCUCAAGAUGAGCAGCUUUUGAGGCGACAGCUAUUGGAAGACCUAGAUGACAGCUUGUUUGUAGACUGGUCCGAUGAAAACUAA